GUCCCAUUUCCUUAACGAAAAACAGUGCUCUGAGUCUCCCCUGCCAAAAGGAUGGAUUAAUUGGAGUGGUCAUAAACCCCAAUGAAGUAUUCUGUUCGGUUCCGGGGAGACUUUCCCUCCUGAGCUCCACGUCAAAAUACAAAGUGACAGUAGCAGAGGUGCAGAGGCGGCUCUCGCCCCCCGAGUGCCUCAAUGCCUCCUUGCUGGGAGGAGUGCUCAGAAGAGCCAAAUCUAAAAAUGGUGGUAGAUCCUUAAGGGAAAAACUGGAUAAAAUUGGCUUGAAUCUUCCUGCUGGUAGAAGGAAAGCUGCAAAUGUGACACUAUUGACAUCUUUGGUGGAAGGUGAAGCUGUACAUCUUGCUCGUGACUUUGGUUAUGUAUGUGAGACAGAGUUUCCUUCCAAAGCAGUGGCCGAAUAUUUAACUAGACCACACAUGGGCCGCAACGAAAUGGCAAACAGGAAGAAUAUGCUUCUUGCUGCAAAGCAGAUUUGCAAGGAAUUCACAGACCUCCUCACUCAGGACAGAACUCCUCUUGGAAACACGAGACCUAGUCCCAUCUUGGACCCUGGUAUCCAGGGCUGUUUGACUCAUUUUAGCCUGAUCACACAUGGCUUUGGCAGUGCUGCCAUCUGUGCUGCCAUGACAUCCGUCCAGAACUACCUAAAUGAAGCAUUAAAAAUAGCAGACAAAACGUACAUGAACGCUGGCGACCAGAGCCCUGCAGAAACCAACAAAACCAUCGAUAAAAUGGAUAAGCACAGGAAGUAA